CACAAUUAGUUUGGCCGCAAUGACAACAAGAGGUAGAAGUAGUUUCGUCAAGCUGACGGUGCUGGCUGUGUCUCUCAUAUUCAUGCUGCUGCUGCUGCUGACGACGCUGCAUAGCACGAAUGUGAGCCCGCGGAGGCAGCUGCCACAGAAAGUGGAACGGGUGCAACCACCGAAGCCGUCGUCGGCUCUCGCCUCGCCCAUCGAGGUGAUCGAAGAGCCGUUCGAUGAGGAGCUGGUUCGCCAGCUGGAAUACGAGCUGCCCGAGGUGGACUAUGGCUUCUGGACGCGCUACGCCAAGCCGCAUAGAUACCGCAAGAGUAGCACAUGCGCCCAGUAUCCGGAUCCGCUGGAGCUGCAGCUCCACAACACCUACUGGCAGACGUUCAUCAAUGCGAACGUGACGUUCCGCCUUUACGCCGCCUACAUGGACAUGCGGCCGGGCCUCAAGCUGCCAUUGGGCGUGGUGCGCAUUCUGGCCACGGCGAAUCAAAUCAACGCCACGUUCCCGCCCACGCACUGCCAGCUGUGGUACGCCGGCCACAGGGAGCCGAUUAUGACGCGGGUCAGCGAGUACCUCAGCGUGUGGGUCUAUGCCUGGGGCCAUACGCCGCUGCUCAGCUACCCGCAUCUGCUCAGCUGUCCCGUGCCCGAGCUGCCGCUCCAGCUGAAGGGCGCCACGCCGCGCGUAGUCUCCCUGGUCAGCAACAGGUGCGACCGCGCUGGCAACUCGCUGCGCGUCCACUACGAUCGGGCUCCGGUCGCCAAUACCACAGCCAAGCCGAAGGCCCCCUCCCGGGCGAAAUCCAGCGCCACGCCCAGUGCAGCAUCGGGCGGCGUCAAAUUGAACUUUGGCGUUUGCGUCAAGGCCUUCGACUUCCCCUACGUGGAUCUGUCGGCGCGUCUGAUCGAGUGGUUCGAAUUGCAGCGCCUGCUGGGCGCCUCGCGCAUCUACGCCUACAUCUACGAUGUGCAUCCGGCGGUGCAGCGGGUCCUGGACUACUAUCAGCGCAUCGAAUUCCUCGAGCUGCGUCCCCUGACAAUGGCCAACGGCAUGCCGCGUCUGCGUCACUAUCAGCACCAGCUGCUGCAGCACCGUCGCCUCAUCAAGCGGCUCAACGAGCUGAUACCCUACAACGACUGCUUCUACAGGAACAUGUACCGGCACGACUAUAUGCUCAAUGUGGACAUCGACGAGGUGAUCAUGCCGUUGGGCACGCUCAACAGCUGGCAAGACGUUAUCGACGCCGACGCGAUCGAGACGAGGGCCAAGUGCCCGAACGGCCAUGUCUCGCUGUGCUUCAUCAAUACGUACUUCAUCAAGACGGUGCCCGAGGCGCUCAACCACGAGCAGCUGGAGGCCGACGAGCUCUAUGUGCUGCAGCACACGCUGCGCCAUCGCAACUAUUCGCUGCCCAAUCGGGCGACCAAGUGCUUUCACAACACUCGCUACUCGGUGACCCUGCACAAUCACUUCACACUCAAGUGGCUGCCGGGCGGUUGCAGUCAGCACACCUUGAGCACUCAGCUGGCCCAGAUGCAGCACUAUCGCGAGCCGGACCUCAAGUACAACAUGUCCGAGGUGGUGGAGGACCGCAGCGUUUGGAAGUAUGCCAGUCAGCUGCGUACGGCCGUCGAGUAUGCCUGGCUGCACCUGAACGAUGUGCAGGAGCAGGUAGCCAACAUGGACGAGGAUCAGAACACGCUCGACGAGCUGCCGGAGCAGGAAACAGAUCUGGAGCAGGCGCAAGAGCAGCACCAAGUGCUGGAGCAAACACACACCGCAAAUUAACUGUUGAUUCGAAUAG